AUGAAAACUAUUUGCAAGGUUGCUCCUAUCCCUAGGGAAACUAAAGUAUGGCAAUAUAUCACACUUACAAAGAGGAUUUUCUUAAUCAACUGUCCUGGAGUUGUUUAUCAAAACAACCAUGACACUGAAACAGAUAUUGUGUUGAAGGGAGUUGUCCGUGUCACAAACUUGGAAGAUGCUUCAGAACACAUAGGAGAAGUUUUGACUCGAGUUAAGAAAGAGCACCUGAAAAGAGCAUACAAGAUAAAAGACUGGGAAGAUGACAACGAUUUUCUAGUUCAAUUAUGCAAACUGUCGGGCAAGCUCUUGAGGGAUGGUGAACCUGAUUUGAAGACAGCAGCAAAGAUGGUACUUCAUGACUGGCAGAGGGGUAAAAUACCAUUUUUUGUGCCACCACCAAGGCAAGAAGAAGACGAGUCAUCAAUUGAACCCAAUGUUAAAGGCAUAGGCACAGAUGCAACAGAGGAUAGCAACAAGGCAUCUGCGGCAUUUAAAGUAAUUGCGAGUGUUAUUACGUCCCAGCAGCAAAUGACUGUCCCUGUUCAAAGGGAUCUUUUUAGUGAGACCGAAUUGAGGGGUGAAGCAGCUGAGCAGCUUCCAACUAGCAAGAGGGAGACCGCCCAGCAACUUCCAGCUGCUAAGAGUAUGUUAGAUAACCAACUUCCAGUAACUGAGUCUUAGAGAUUUUUCUAUUAAAGAACUUUGUGUCAUUUGUAGUCCAGCAAUGUAGGCUUUUUUAUUCUUUUAAAAUUAUAUCCAACUAUAUUAUUAUGUGGGCAAGAAUUUUGUUUUAUACUCCUGGCAGAGUUGGGAGAAUAUGUGAAGUUCUAAAAAGUAAUAUGUUGCUUUUUAUACGAAGACAGCCUGCUAAA